GCGGAAGUGGGCGCAAGUGACGCGUCGGGCCCCCAGCGCCGGCUACGUUGCGGGAAGGGAAGUCGCACCGGCGGGUGCUGGGCUGGGCUGCGGGGUUGGGCUGCGGGGCGGAGGUGGAGGGCUAGCUUGGACCCCUUGGAGGCCGCAGCAGGGCUCCAGGAAGAUGUUACCAAGUACUUCAGUGAAUUCCCCAGUGCAGGGGAAUGGAGUGUUGAAUACCAGGGAUGCAGCAAGACACACAGCUGGAGCAAAACGCUACAAAUACCUGAGAAGACUUUUUCGUUUUCGGCAGAUGGACUUUGAGUUUGCUGCAUGGCAGAUGCUCUACCUGUUUACUUCCCCACAGAGAGUUUAUAGAAAUUUUCAUUAUCGAAAGCAGACAAAGGAUCAGUGGGCCAGAGAUGACCCGGCUUUCUUGGUCCUGUUAAGUAUCUGGCUCUGUGUGUCCACCAUAGGAUUUGGCUUUGUUCUGGACAUGGGAUUUUUUGAGACAAUAAAGCUUCUCCUUUGGGUUGUAUUCAUAGAUUGUGUAGGCGUUGGUCUUCUCAUAUCAACUUUAAUGUGGUUUAUCUCUAACAAGUAUUUAGUGAAACGGCAGAGCAGAGACUAUGAUGUGGAGUGGGGCUAUGCCUUCGACGUGCAUCUGAAUGCUUUUUAUCCUCUCCUAGUCAUUCUGCACUUUAUCCAGCUUUUCUUCAUCAACCAUGUUAUCCUGACAGACACCUUUAUCGGAUAUUUAGUUGGAAAUACCUUAUGGUUGGUGGCAGUUGGCUAUUAUAUCUAUGUAACCUUCCUAGGAUACAGUGCAUUGCCAUUUUUGAAAAAUACGGUAAUUCUUCUUUAUCCAUUUGCACCUCUCAUUCUGCUCUACGGCCUGUCACUAGCUCUAGGAUGGAACUUCACGCACACACUGUGUUCUUUCUACAAGUACAGAGUGAAAUGAAAGUGGCGGUGAGACUAUCCUGUCUUCCCUGUGCAGCAGGCAGUCUUGGGGAAGUGAGAUUUCUCCUGAAACUUGUAAAUAAACCAUCUUUGUAGAUACCUUCAGGGUGUAAAGUUUGCAAGUUUGAAGAAAUAUAUAUGUUAACACUAUUGUCAAGUACAUUCCUUAAAACUAAUUAAAUGUACAUUUCUAUAAUAAAUAUUUUUUAAACUAAAGUUUCACCUGUUUUUUGAAAGAAUAACCAUUUGGAGGACAUGGGGAUAGUCAUGUGCUCCUCACCACUGUUCCAAGGUACUUAGUCUGGCCCCAUUGCUAAUGGGCUGUAUUUUAAACAUUGCUGUAGACCACACGAUCCUACUAUAACCUUCAAAAGCCUCCUCAGCCUGUAAUGUAACUCAAAUUAAAAUCCUUUACAACAUUUUCUCUACAAAAGAAACCCCAAUUAUAGUAGAUCAAAGAGGCCUAUGGUGGUUACUCUUCUUAGUGUACAUGUGACUGAACACCUGUAUCUCUUAACACUAAGGCUUUUUCUUUCUUUGAAGACCUCUCCAAAACCCACAUAACUAAAAGUAAAUAAUCAAUGUUAAAACUAAUGAUAAAAUUUGCUACUCAUUAAAAGUUUUAUCUAUUUUUAUUAGAAGAACUCUUGAAUUCAACAUGGCUUCUUCUUAAACUUCUUUAUUUCAAAUACACAUGAACGGUCGUGGCACAAACAGUGAUGAAAGGCACAGUCAACAGGACCAGUUAUUAGGUUUUCAAUUAUAGCAGCAAAUUUGAAAAUAAAUAAUCUUCCUUGAAAAAUCUAACAGGUACCUAAAAUAUUACUACAGAUAUUACCCAUUCACCUAAUGAAAACAUUUUAAGGAAAAUAUGUACAUUAAAGGAGAAAACAAAAAUCUGGUACAACCUGGAAAAGCAAUUCCUCAGGCACCUUCUCUAACAGGUGCUUCCAGAAACAGCCAUAACCUUACCGGCGUUCUCAGAAACACAUUAGUUUUUCAUUCCAUAAAUGAAACAUAAUUGUUAUGUUUAAUCAGCUGAUUUCUAAAUCUUUCUUAGAAAACAUCACUGUACUGAAAUGAAAAGUAUCAAAUCUGCUGGCAGUGCAUCUUACAGUACUGUCGGUAUCAGCCAUUUUUAAGGCUCAAAGAAUGUGUCUUCAAAAGGUAUUUUCACCCGAUUUCCAGCAAACACCGAACAUUUCAAAUAAUGGAAUGCUAAUCAAACUAAAAUACCAAACCUUUUACUCCAGGGGGAUUUGCUAAUUACUAAUCGGAAAACAACGAGGAGCAAGAGAUAUAUAAAGUAGCCUUCCUAAUGUCCAAGAUACCAUUAAAAAUUCCCCACAACAAACAAUGCUUAUUUGGAGAACAAGUUUAGCACCACUAUUAACAUUUUUACUGCAAUGUGAACAACACUGGGAAGGAUACUUUGCACAGAGUGCUUUCCAUUCAAUUCCCAGCUUAUUUUCCUAAACAAUGUUUUUCAAAUUCUCAACACACACGCGCACACACGCACGGGAGUGCCAGCUCUUUCCUUUUUGUUUCCUUGAAAAUGAUCUAGUUAGUGCCCAAAAAGGUGGAGUGUUUUAGGCAAGAAGAGUUUAUAUAUAGGUACUGAUGACAGGGAUAUAUAUAACAUCCUUUUUUUUUUUUAAUACUGUGGUAGUAGUCUUUUCAGCAUUGUUAUGUUCACAUGCAUUAAAGAAGUAAACUAAGCAUACUAGUUAUCAUGGCAUAUAUCAAGAUUAUUAAAAUUGUACAGCUAUCAAACUAAAUUUCACACACUGUAAGUAAUGCUACAUAGCUUGGAAAAGUUUCUUUUUCUAUAAAAGAAAGAGCUGGGCUAUUUGAGUUCCCUUAGAACACUUAAGAUGAUUAUGACUCCCAAUUUCUCACCUUCUGACAGUCUCAGCAUCUCAUUUUCUUCCCUUUAGCUCUGCUUUUCUUCUAUUAAGGGUAUGGCAAUAUAGUAAAAAUAAGCACAAAAAUUAAUGUACAAAAUAAAAACAAGCUUCACCAGCAAUUAAUGGCUUGGAAGCAGAGAGGUAUUUUGGACAAUAUUUGCAAAGUAUAAAAAUUUGGUUGACACCUACAGAAUUUGAUCUGUGCUCAGACAAUAAACAAGUGGGUUUAAAAAAAAUUAAGUUCUUCAGUACGGAGUAGAUUAUCUGAUCUCUUACAUAAAGGCAGAAGUUUUUUCUCUCUCCUAAUAUUUAAAAUACCACUGUCCAUCAUUCUUAAAUAGUAUACUGACAGGAUCAGAGCAGACUAAACCAGCACAAAAUAACACCUCUUCCAGGAAAAAGAUUCUAUAUACACUGGAUCCUGGUUCUAGUACGAGCACAAUACCACUCUAGCAGUUUCUUUACAAAACACUGCUAAGAUACACUGCUAAGAUGUUUUUGGCGACAAACUUCCAGUCAGAACUACUUGAGAUUCUCUGGGAGGGAAACUCCAAAGGAUGCCCAGGUAAAAGUUUGCUAGUGUAAGACUGGACCCCUGUGGUUAUCGAGAAAUAUCCAACUUAACUCCAGGCAAUCACGUAUAAAGACUUGUCACCUCUUUUCAAUAUUAUAUUCAUUUUCUACUGUGUAACAAA